CGUAUAAAAAUCAUAUAUGAAUCGUGGUAUCUGAUUUGUCCUCUGGAUCGUAUAAUACGAUCGUACAAGAUCAUAUACGAUCAUACAACUUCGUAUGAAAUCGUACAGUACGGGCCAGACGACAAGUCAGGUACUACGAUUCGUAUGUAGAUCGUACAUAAUCGUAUAUGAUUUCGUACGAUUCAUAUACGAUCUUGUACGAUCGGAUAGUACGAUUCAAUCACCUGGGUAAAUGCCGUGUACAUCGAUGAAUAUUUUGGCAUGCUUUGGCAUCUACGAAUUCGUAAAUUCGCAGUUUAUCGUAUUUUUGCCAAUUUACGAAUUCGUAUACGAACUCUUGGUGACCAAAAAGGUCAUUUCACGAAUUCGCCGAUAGUAGACCAAUACGAUUUACGAAUUCGUGAGUACCCGAAUUUUCUUGUCUACGAGUUCGUCGCAAUUUACGAAUUGGCUAGAGGAACAAAAGGGGCACCUUAUGGUUAUUUUUUCAUCAUUAUUGUCAGUUCGCACUGAAUUACGAAUUCGUAAAACAAUGGUAAAAUGCGAAUUAUUGUAUCAUUGUUACGCUCAAAUAUUGCGAUUGGUUAAUUCGUCUUUAGACACUUUCUCCAUACUAAUGUGAUAAACAGCAUAGUCAUCGCGAUCAACAAUAUGCAUAGAUAUAUCGAAACUCAUUCGUAUCUGGAUAAAAACAGCGCUUUGACAGAGAUCUGAAAAAGAUAGCAAGAUGUGGAGUGAAUGUUUGUCGUCUGCUCCUGACUUUUUUUAACAAACUUGUUUAUAGUUCUCUCCUUUUGAUCUUUCCCAUGAGGACUUUUUAAGCAACUGUCGGGCGAUACAACUCAAUGUUAGUGGAAAAAAUUGACAAUAUCACGAUACUUAUCCUAUUUAUUGCGAUAAAUUCACUAUCGAGAUUUAUAGAUCUAUUUUGAUAUGUCAAAUAUAAGAGGAAACAAGUAAACAAGGUAAAGUAGAAUUUUAUAGGUCUUUUUCCGAUUUGUUUUGUCUAUUUCUGCCGUAAGGCUUGCUUAGAAGACAUACAAAGAUAUAGACAAGCAAGUCUGAGGAAUCUUAUUAGAACUUCUAGCGGUGACCAAUAAUGGAAUCAUGGCUCAGUUGAUUUUAUUUUUUGCUUUUACUAUUACUUUCUUGUAGUUGAUCAUUCUGACUUCUCUUCGGACAGUCGUACUUGUUUUCUCUUAUAUUUAGCUGUUUUAGGUCAACGUGGAAAUCACUUUAGUGAUUUUCAACACUCUCAUCAUGAUAAUACAACUUCAACAAUAUUACGUUCAACAACAACUCGUAAUAGAUCUCGUGCAGCAUCGUAUCCUUCUCAUGAAGAUGAUAACGACUCCACUUUGAGUUUUAAUAAUUAUAAUCAAUCAAUGAUUUCAAGAGAAAAUAAUAUACCAAGAAAAAUUAUUGCACCAUCUCAAUCAAUUCAUUUAUCUUUGCAGGUUCGACAUUCUACUGGUUCAGACAGUGAUGCAUAUGAUCCCAAUAAUUUCUUAAGUUAUGCUUGA